AUGGAAGAGAACCCCUCAAAGGCAUUGGAUGGAGUUUCACUAAAUAAAAAGCGAAAGAGGGAUUCCCAAGGUGUUUCACGUCGGACUGGAGUUUUGGCACCAACAAGUGUGGUUGUUAAACAAAUGACAUUGGCUAGAGAUAUAUGCAAACCAGAUGACUCUUGUCCUGAUAUUUCCAAGUCAUUGGUUAGUUAUUAUUUGAACUAUAAGAAAAGUGGCAUACCAAAACGUUUGAUGUUCUAUAAGAAUGGUAAAUGGGUUGAUUAUCCAGAGGAUGUUGUUGAUUUGGUUAAGAAAGAUUUCAAAAUUAAGAAGGCAAUUGUAGAGGUAGAGUUAAAUGGCCAAGAGGUUGUACUGGAUUUUUUGCAUAUGAAUCAUGUGGAUAUGAAAACAUGUUUGCAACAACCCAUUGGUUGGAUUGAUGAGGAAGGGAACUAUUUUUUCCCUAAAGUCUUUGUUGGUUCUACGGAAGAACCCAAUAAUAUAAGGGAGAGGGAGGGUGAAGAAAGACUUAAUAAGAAAGAACCACAUGAGAUAAAACUACAUAUAUCCAAUGAAAUAAAUGGGGCAGAUGAAUCCAAGUUGAGAAAGUAUAGUCGAGAGUCUGAUAAUGCAACUAAGAAUGUAAAAGCCGAAGGCCAUGCUAUGACUACUAAAAUAGGGAUUCAAAAUGUUGCUAUAGAUAUUAACCAAGAGCCAGACAUAGAUUUAAAUGAUUAUUCUGAAUCUUUAUACGGAAAAUUGGAUGUGAAUUCUACACAAAAGAUGUUUCUUAAAGGAAUGAGUUCUUUGGGAAUUAGCGAGUCUGAUAUAGUUGGGAUUUAUCGCAGCUCAGGAAGGUCAAUGCAAAUGCGACUGCAGUUGUUCGAGAAGCAAGCUGAUAUCAUAAAAGGAAUUCGAGGGGUUGCUAAUAUUCGUUAUGCAUGGCUUGCUUGUUCCAAAGAGGAAAUAUCAACAAUGAUGGAAUAUGAACUUAGUCACUAUGAAUUAUCUCCAUCCAAAUGCAUAUAUGGCCCUGGUGUUCAUCUUGCAGCUAUUACCCACCCUUUCGUCUGUUCACUUUCUUGUGAUGAAGACGGAAAUGGAAUUAAGCAUAUGUUCCUAUGUCGUGUCAUAAUGGGGAACAUGGAGCUUCUUCGUCCUAGCAGUAAACAACUUCGUCCAAGUGAUUGCGAAUAUGAUAAUGGGGUGGAUGACAUUCAAUGCCCAAAGUGCUAUGUGGUGUGGAAUAUGAAUAUGAACACACACAUCUAUCCGGAAUUCGUUGUUAGCUUCAAGUCCCCUUUAGGUUUUGAAGAAAAUAUUUGUUCAAAUGAGAGUAAGAAACAAGGCUAUCGGCAUUCUAUAUUGGACACUGUAAAAGCUACCGGUGUUCCUGCUAACAUCAGAAGAACUCCAGGUUCCGCAUCGGUGCCUUUUUCCGUGCUUUUAUCUUCCUUGAGAAACAUGGUUCCUUCCAAUAUUAUGUUUCUUCUCGACGCCCAAUAUGCGUUAUUGAUGUCAAAUAAGAUUUCACGUGGUGAUUGCGUGUUGAAGUUGAGGUUAAUUGUUGCAAACAAUGUACUGAAAUCUGCCGUAUAUAAUGUUCAAUCCAAGAGACCACCGAUUUAUGGAUCAAAUGGCUCAAACGUUAAUCAAGAGUGA